AUGUCAUUUUUAGCUGAUUCCAUCUAUGGUAAAGACAAUGUCAAGUUCCUCAAGGUUAAGAAGGAUGCAUCAAAUCCAAAAUUACAACAAAUCAUGGAAGCUACUGUUAAAGUGCUAUUGAAAGGUAAUUUUGAUGUUUCCUACACCGAAGCUGAUAAUUCACCAAUUGUCCCAACUGAUACCGUUAAGAACACCAUUUUGAUUUUGGCAAAGACUAACGAUACUUGGCCAUCCGAAAAAUUUGCCUCUACAUUAGCACUCCAUUUCACUACCAAAUAUGCUCAUGUCUCAGGUGUCUCUAUUCAGAUCUACCAAGAACGUUGGGUUAAAUUUAACGUUGAUGGAGCCCCAAGUCAACACUCAUUUGUUCACCAGGGUCCUGAAAAGAAAAUUGUAGAACUAGACUACGAUAAGGUUCCAGGACCUGCCCAAUACAAAUUGAGCACUAGUAUCAAAGAUUUGACCGUUUUGAAAUCUACCAAUUCUAUGUUUUAUGGGUACAACGUUUGUGAUUACACCACUUUGAAACCUACAGAGGAUCGUGUUUUGUCGACUGACAUUUACAGUAAAUGGGACUGGUCUCCAUCUAGAUUAGGAUCCCUUCACACUUUAUCUAGCGGAUCUUGUGAUGGUAUUUUUGAUCAAGUCUAUGAUGAAGCAAGAGCCAUAACUUUGGACAUCUUUGCCAAAGAAAAUUCUGCUUCAGUGCAAGCAACCAUGUACAAUAUGGCUACUGAAAUUUUGAAAAAGGCACCACAAGUGGAGUACGUUUCCUAUGAAUUACCUAACAAACACUAUUUCCUAUUUGACUUCAAAUGGUUUAAAGGUCUAGAAAAUGACAAUGAAUUAUUCUACCCAUCACCACAUCCAAAUGGGUUGAUUAAGUGUAAGGUUGGUCGUAAGGCUUCUAAAUUGUAA